GUCCACUCGAACCGCCUCGCAAAGCAGCCCACACGAUGCCGGACGACUUUUCCGUCGCGAAAAGCCGCGCGAAACGCGUUGAACGCAUUCAAUCCCGCUUUCGGGACAGAGGAGGGGUGUUCGUGCCGGAGACGCAUAACCCGCUCCUCGACAAGCUCCUCGCGCGUGGCGUGAACGGAGAGUCGCCGACAAAGGCUCAGAGGCGCAAGAGCAUACUUCAGGGAUCACCGGUUUCGCGUCGCAAGAGUGUAUAUCGUGGCCACGAUAGGGAUGAUGGUGUCGAUGGAGGGGCAGAGAUGACUUUGAACAAGGUGGUGGCGAAACCUCGGAAGAGCAUAGGUGCAGGAAAAGCGCCUCCAAAGCCUCGAAAGAGCAUACGCACAGAGAAGGCAGCUUUGAAGCCUCGGAAGAGUGUAGGUGCUCUGAAGCCUCGGAAGAGUGCUGGCCAAGCGAAGAAGUCUAUUGAUGCCGUCGAGACUGGGGAGACCACACGAGACAUGGUUGAAGAAAAGGCGGGCCGACGGAAAUCAAUAGCAGCAACUGACAAGAAGCGCAGCACCAAAGUGAACGGUCAGCCUGAAGUCGAAGACGUGGACAAAAUAACAGGAGGUGAGAAGAUGCCAAGUACAUCCACACAUCAUCUCUCUCGGCAUCCUCAUGCAGUGCCUACGGAACCUCAAGAGAAGGCCAAAGGCUCUCGGACUGCUACGACUGGCAAGAAAGAAUCCUCCAUAGCAACUGUGCAGCAUGCGAAAGACAGCACCAAGCCGCUUUCCAACAAGAAAGUUGCGAAGCCACGGUCUCAAACUGCCCGUGACCACGCUCCGUUACCAUCUACGCAACCGGCAGCACCUAAGCACAAGCCGGCCGAUGCCGCAGCUGCAAAGCCACAAUCUCGAAGAGCUAUUGACGACGCUCCACUUUCACCAGUUGCAUCGACACGGCCCAAGCGCAAGCCUGCCAACGCCACAGUCAGCACUUCAAGAGUGAUGCUGGAGCGUUCUCACGAGGAAUUAGCCCCCUUGGAAGCGAUACCCAGCAGCGAUAGCGACACCCCGCUCAUGUAUAUGAUACAAAGUGCGCAAUGGCAUGAAAAGAAGCGAAAAGCAGCAGAAUCCGCUCCAGAACCGCCUCGGAAACGUCUACGAGACACUAACGAUGACAAUAUGACCGGAAAGCAUUCAAAGAGCGAGCGGACUACCGAGCGCAAGGGUAGCAGAUCGAAAGCUCACAACUCCAAGGCUGGCGGCAAGCUUCGCGCUAGUCAAACCCCUUUGCAUAGCACGAUGGACAGCAUGGAAAUAGAUGAGCCCAAGGAGAUAGAUGAGUUGCGCUCAAAGAAUGAGAGGAUGACCGACAGGCCACGAAGACGACGGAGUCUCCCUCAACUACCUAACUCAGACGAUGAGGAAAUGCUCGCAGGAUCAUCCAACAGGAGCACUGCGGCACAGCGACCAAGAGGGGCGGCGGUCAAGAAGCGGCGUAGAGAAGAAAAGGAAGACGAAGCUCUGAUGGAGGCCGUACAACGCGACGAAGAGGAGGACGAAGCAGCCGUCCCGCCGCGCAAACGACCUAAGGUUCCUCGCACUACCGCCAAGAAAGCCUCACGUCCAGCUGAGGCUCUGGUAGACAUACCAAGAGGCAACGGUGGGUCUAAGCGACCAACCAGCAAGAGCGACGGUGCAAAACCCGCAUCUGGAUCCUCUUCUAAGAAGACGUCGCAAACGCGCGCGGCGCACAAGAGCAAUGUCAAGACUGCUAAGCGUUCGGACGGCAAGGAGAACCGCCCUCCAGCGGCGGCACAGAAGGCGGUGCGCAAGCUCAGGCCGAAGCCCAGGCCGAGGUUGUCGAUGUUCCCUGCUCCGCCACCCGUUGUCGAUGCUGAUGACGACCCCAUUGACUUCCUCUCAUGAUUGGUCCGAGUAGAGAUGUUACUCAUAUCAAUAGAGACUUUCCGCAAUGACCUCAAUCCGGACUUGCAUGUGUAUUCCUAGCUAUGUAUUGCAGUAGUUGUUGUGUUAUCGCGCAAGUGAU